AUGUCUGCCAGAGCAUCCCCCGGGGAGAACCGGCCCUGCUCCCCCCCCGGCGCCGCUGGCCUCGGCGGGAGCCUUGAGCUCCGCUCCCGCCCUGCUGGAACCGGGGACCCGCGGGGGGGCUCGCCCCAGCGCUGGGACCAUCCUGCCCCGGCCGGCAUCCCCCGGGCAGAGCGUCCCGGCCCUGGCGCCUCGCCUGCCCCGGCCUCGCACAGGAACCCGCGAGCUGCCGGUUCCCCGGGGAUGGUGCCGGUUGUCGCCGCAGGCGCCGCCUCCGGGUGUGAGGAGGGGCCGUGGCUGUGGCCGCUCUGCUCCUGGCGGGGGGGUGACAGAGGGGCUCCCUGUCCUGGCGGGGGCACAGCCUCUGCCUCCACAGCCAGGCUCGCUGUCCGGGGGGGGGUGGGAUACACACGUUCCCCACGGGAGGUGCCAAAUGCUGCAGCCCUCGGUGCCCUGGGGCCGUCCCCUCUGUCCCCUCGCGUGGGGGGACGAGGGUCCCCGCCGGCAGCGACGCCGGGGCUGGGACGCGGCCGGGCGCAGCGGUGCUGGCAGGUGCCACCCGCUCUCUUUGCACAGGUCACCCCCCCCCCCCACCCCGAGCUCGCCUGCGGGAGGGGGGGGCAGCACCUCGGGGGGCACCGCACAGCGCUGCCCUCUCCUCCCUACGGCCUCAGGGCUCUUCCCCUCCCCACGCCCCCCCCCGGCCCCCCACGCUUGUGUCCUGCCCGAGGGGGCUCGGCCCCGCAGCGGCGCAGUUUUGGGGGGGGGUGGGGGUGGGGGGCUGCCUGUCCCACCGCCCGCUGCCGCCUCCCCGCGUGUUGCUGUCACAGCGUCAGUGCAAAGGGGGAAAAUCUCGGUACAGAAACGGAUCCUGCAGCACCUCGCCCAUCCCCUGCACUGCGUGACCGUGGGGAGGGGGUUCUGCCCCCGCUCCCCCCGAGGGUCGCUCGCCGGGAAGCCCAAAGAGGCGUUGUGGGGGUCGCUCGGGACCCGCUGCCGUCUGGCUGCUGGACGGGACCCGGCCCCCCCCCAGCCCCCCCCACCCGGCAGAGCCACCGCGCUGGCCCCCCGCACGCUCGGCCAAGCUCUUCUACCUGUCUUGUUUUUAAAGGAGUACAAUGUUUUAUUUCAGUGCAGAGGUCUUUGUACAGUCUUAACCCCCAGGUUCCCCUCUUUGUUUUACUGUACAAUAAUGGCUGUGGCAGGUAGCUGGUGUAACAUGGAGGUUUUUGUAACUUACCUGAGCAGUUGUAGAUUAUUGAAGUUUCUGUACAUUGUGUCAAACAUACAGAGUCCUUGUAUUGUAUUGUGCCUAGAGGAAAAAGGUUAUUAUAUAAAGAGAAAACUAACUGAAUUUAAUAAAAAAAUUAAUAUGA